UAACUAAAAUAAUUAUUGAUCAAAAUGAGUGAAGCUCAGUUUGGUUUGCGAAACGUAAUAGGAGCACCUGUAGCAACAACAAGGUUAUCUGAACAAGCCUUGGUGUGUAUGCCACCGAGAGCUGCCAAGUUUACUUUAGCAGAAUGGAAGAUGAGCAAUGAACAACGCUGUAGAAACACUGAGGACCAACAGCAACUAGCCGACCGGGUUUUAGGAGAAUGUGAAAGAAUCCGCGAAGAAACUGCCGAACGAGCUUCUAUCAUGAAAUCUACAUCGGAUCGACGAAUGGAAGAACGAAUUGGAGAUAUAGAGUACAACAAGAAUGAGCUACAGCUGCAGAGGAAUGAAAUAUGUCGCGAAUUAGAAUCUCUAAGUGUUUACAAAACUCGCCUACAGGAUUGCCUUUCAUCGGUACAAACAAAUGCGUUAGCAAUAUGCCGAAAGUGUUUAAUGCUUAGAGACGGACGAAUCGGUAUCGACUUAGUUGUAGACGAAGUUGAACAUGCUCUACAGCAAGAAAUAACAACAAUUCUUGGAGGGCAAAGUUUGCUAAAAAGAGCUUUGGAGCAGUUGAAUGAACAAAUGCGACGUCUUCGUUCCACUCGCUAUCUUCUCGAUCGCGACUUACAGUACAAACAAGCGGCCAUCGACUCGGAUAAAGGUUCUCUCUCGAUGAAACAAACCGAUUUAUGUCUCUCAAUAUAUGAGGGCUACACAAGUCUUGACCCAGCUAAUAUAUCAGCUGAAGAAUAUAAUGCGUAUUCAGCUAAAAAUAUUCAACUAGCCGCAAGAGAAGUGACUAGUGCUCGCCCCAUAAGAGUUUUUAUAGAUACACUACUAAAACAAGUUAUUGAUGACUUAUGGAGUGCGUUCAAUAAAUGCAAUCAUGAAUUUAAUGAACGUAUUAAAGAGUCGAAGUCAGCUAAAGAGAAGCUUGAAGACAUGCAUCGGGAAACGACUAAAAAGAUUGCAGACAUGCAAAAUAACAUAGUUGAGCUACAAAAAGCUUUAUCUGCUAAGGAAGGAUAUAUUGGACUUGCGCAUACAAGGCUGGGAAGACGAGCUCAGAGAAUUGGCGCAGAGUUAGUGAAAGACCCUCCCGGGCAGGCUUUGUAUUAUGAAUGUGAGAUGCUACGUCAUAGUACUCAGCAACUUCAACAGAUGCUUCACGAAGCAAAUGCAUCAUUACGUUUUCUUCUUCAGACCCAAAUACAAUUGGAAGAGGAUAUCAAUGUUAAGAUGAACACUUUGAAAAUAGAUGAAGUUGAUUGUAUGACGUUGCGAACUACUAUGGAUUAUCACGCGUACUAG